CAAAAGUAGCCUGGGAUUUCCAACAUCUAAAAGCGCCCGUGUGUAGGCUAUAAUAACAUCAUGCUCAAUCACUGCCCAAGCUUACAAGCGUCUAUUCAGAGGACUAUGAAGUUGCUGAGCAAGGAGGAGCUGAAGAAAGCUGAGGAAGCACUCAGACAUUACUUUCCCCAGUCAAAACAGGUAUACGGAUAUUUGUUUAUGAUUAAUCGAGUAGAAGCUGACCCCUUAGAUGUGCUGGUGGACCAGUGGCCAGAUUUUAAUAUUCUACUCAUCAGACCACAACGGCAGGAGAAAGCUGACUUUUUCAAAGACAUGUGCAUUUUUACCAAGGACGAAACAUCUCUCAGGAGAAUACUGAUCAGGACGGACAUUUUUGACUGGAACCAGUACCUCUGUCUAAGUGUUGACCUGUGCCAUAAGGAGAUGAUAAAAAGUGUAGCUGUGAACAGAGGGGUGCCAGAUAUAAAAAACUAUGUGUGCCAACUUAUGACACUCCAAGACCCGUCUAACCUUACAACUGACAGGUUACCCUUACAAGUGUCCUCACUCAAUGAGUCUCAUAUUGCUCUGGUCAAUAGCACGUGGAAGUUUGGCAUGGGUGAAUUUAGCGAACGGUUCAUCAGGGUCAUGAUCAUGAAUUUCCCUUCGUGUUGUGUGCUGGACUCAGAGGGUCGGCCGGUGUCAUGGAUUUUGACCUAUGCUUCCUGCGCGAUGGGAAUGCUGUACACAAUGCCAGAGCACAGACAGAAAGGCUACGCCAAAGCUCUGGUCACCAUAUUGGCAAAGAAACUGCAUUCAGAGGGCUUCCCAGUCUACUGCUUCAUUGAGGAGGAGAACCAACCAUCCUACAGGCUCUUUACCAGUUUAGGUUUCACUGCAGAUCCGUCUUACAGAGUUACUUGGCUUGAAUGUGAUCAGGCUUGUAACACUCCAUGAUGAUUUUAGGAUAUGGGCCAUUCUUGUCAUUAUUGCAAAAAUGUAAGUAAUUAGUGAAAUACCUGUCAAACUUGCUGCAAUUUGUUUUAUAAUAUGAAAUGGCAUGAAUAGCACAAAAAAAACCACACACAUUGGGCCUAAUUUUUCAAGAUGGAUACAAAUGUAUGAGCAUUUACACAAGAAAUUUGGUAUUCAUGAAAAUCCCAUAAAUGUGGAAAAUUUAUCCUGUA